CCCCCCCUCUGCUGGACCACACCUGUCACCCCCCCCCCCCUGCUUGAGGAGGAUGGAGGCCCAGGUGUUCAUUCUUCACCAUAUUCUUGGAGUAAUUAGGUUCAUUAUCCCUAGGUCGAUUUUAUGUAUUUUUUCCACCUGUAAAUUAAUAUAUUUGUUAUGUAAUAAUUAAGUACCACAUAUAUUUUUAAUAUCAACAAUAAGAAUAUUUUGUUCGCUGUUCAUACUCGCCAUAGAAAGCCAGAAGUGUCCAGUCAGCAUGCUGCGUGGUACAGCUGCUGCAGGGGUUCAUGAUGCGUGGUACAGCUGCUGCAGGGGUUCAUGUUGCGUGGUACAGCUGCUGCAGGGGUUCAUGUUGCGUGGUACAGCUGCUGCAGGGGUUCAUGUUGCGUGGUACAGCUGCUGUAGGGGUUCAUGUUGCGUGGUACAGCUGCUGCAGGGGUUCAUGUUGCGUGUACAGCUGCUGUAGGGGUUCAUGUUGCGUGGUACAGCUGCUGUAGGGGUUCAUGUUGUGUGCACAGCUGCUGCAGGGGUUCAUGUUGCGUGGUACAGCUGCUGUAGGGGUUCAUGUUGCGUGGUACAGCUGCUGUAGGGGUUCAUGUUGCGUGGUACAGCUGCUGCAGGGGUUCAUGAUGCGUGGUACAGCUGCUGCAGGGGUUCAUGUUGCGUGGUACAGCUGCUGUAGGGGUUCAUGUUGCGUGGUACAGCUGCUGCAGGGGUUCAUGAUGCGUGUACAGCUGCUGCAGGGGUUCAUGUUGCGUGGUACAGCUGCUGCAGGGGUUCAUGAUGCGUGGUACAGCUGCUGCAGGGGUUCAUGCUGCGUGGUACAGCUGCUGCAGGGGUUCAUGUUGCGUGUACAGCUGCUGUAGGGGUUCAUGCUGCGUGGUACAGCUGCUGCAGGGGUUCAUGAUGCGUGGUACAGCUGCUGUAGGGGUUCAUGUUGCGUGGUACAGCUGCUGCAGGGGUUCAUGUUGCGUGGUACAGCUGCUGUAGGGGUUCAUGAUGCGUGGUACAGCUGCUGCAGGGGUUCAUGUUGCGUGGUACAGCUGCUGUAGGGGUUCAUGUUGCGUGGUACAGCUGCUGCAGGGGUUCAUGUUGCGUGGUACAGCUGCUGCAGGGGUUCAUGUUGCGUGGUACAGCUGCUGCAGGGGUUCAUGAUGCGUGGUACAGCUGCUGCAGGGGUUCAUGCUGCGUGGUACAGCUGCUGCAGGGGUUCAUGUUGCGUGGUACAGCUGCUGCAGGGGUUCAUGUUGCGUGGUAAAGCUGCUGCAGGGGUUCAUGUUGCGUGGUACAGCUGCUGCAGGGGUUCAUGAUGCGUUGUACAGCUGCUGUAGGGGUUCAUGUUGCGUGUACAGCUGCUGCAGAGGUUCAUGUUGCGUGUACAGCUGCUGUAGGGGUUCAUGUUGCGUGGUACAGCUGCUGUAGGGGUUCAUGUUGCGUGGUACAGCUGCUGCAGGGGUUCAUGUUGCGUGUACAGCUGCUGUAGGGGUUCAUGAUGUGUGGUACAGCUGCUGCAGGGGUUCAUGAUGCGUGGUACAGCUGCUGUAGGGGUUCAUGUUGCGUGGUACAGCUGCUGCAGAGGUUCAUGUUGCGUGUACAGCUGCUGCAGGGGUUCAUGUUGCAUGGUACAGCUGCUGCAGGGGUUCAUGUUGCGUGGUACAGCUGCUGCAGGGGUUCAUGAUGUGUGGUACAGCUGCUGCAGGGGUUCAUAAUGCGUGGUACAGCUGCUGUAGGGGUUCAUGUUGCGUGGUACAGCUGCUGCAGAGGUUCAUGUUGCGUGUACAGCUGCUGCAGGGGUUCAUGUUGCGUGGUACAGCUGCUGCAGGGGUUCAUGUUGCGUGGUAGAGCUGCUGCAGGGGUUCAUGUUGCGUGGUACAGCUGCUGUAGGGGUUCAUGUUGCGUGGUACAGCUGCUGCAGGGGUUCAUGUUGCGUGGUACAGCUGCUGCAGGGGUUCAUGUUGCGUGGUACAGCUGCUGCAGGGGUUCAUGAUGUGUGGUACUGCUGCUGCAGGGGUUCAUGAUGCGUGGUACAGCUGCUGUAGGGGUUCAUGAUGCGUGGUACAGCUGCUGUAGGGGUUCAUGUUGCGUGUACAGCUGCUGCAGGGGUUCAUGUUGCGUGUACAGCUGCUGUAGGGGUUCAUGUUGCGUGUACAGCUGCUGCAGGGGUUCAUGUUGCGUGUACAGCUGCUGCAGGGGUUCAUGUUGCGUGUACAGCUGCUGUAGGGGUUCAUGUUGCGUGUACAGCUGCUGCAGGGGUUCAUGUUGCGUGUACAGCUGCUGCAGGGGUUCAUGUUGCGUGUACAGCUGCUGUAGGGGUUCAUGUUGCGUGUACAGCUGCUGCAGGGGUUCAUGUUGCGUGUACAGCUGCUGUAGGGGUUCAUGUUGCGUGUACAGCUGCUGUAGGGGUUCAUGUUGCGUGUACAGCUGCUGUAGGGGUUCAUGUUGCGUUGUACAGCUGCUGCAGGGGUUCAUGUUGCGUGGUACAGCUGCUGCAGGGGUUCAUGUUGCGUGUACAGCUGCUGCAGGGGUUGAUAUUGCGUGGUACAGCUGCGGUAGGGGUUCAUGUUGAGUGGUACAGCUGCUGCUGUAGGGGUUCAUGUUGCGUGUACAGCUGCUGUAGGGGUUCAUGUUGCGUGUACAGCUGCUGUAGGGGUUCAUGUUGCGUGUACAGCUGCUGUAGGGGUUCAUGUUGCGUUGUACAGCUGCUGCAGGGGUUCAUGUUGCGUGGUACAGCUGCUGCAGGGGUUCAUGUUGCGUGUACAGCUGCUGCAGGGGUUCAUGUUGCGUGUACAGCUGCUGUAGGGGUUCAUGUUGCGUGUACAGCUGCUGUAGGGGUUCAUGUUGCGUGUACAGCUGCUGUAGGGGUUCAUGUUGCGUGUACAGCUGCUGUAGGGGUUCAUGUUGCGUGUACAGCUGCUGUAGGGGUUCAUGUUGCGUGUACAGCUGCUGUAGGGGUUCAUGUUGCGUGUACAGCUGCUGUAGGGGGUUCAUGUUGCGUGUACAGCUGCUGCAGGGGUUCAUGUUGCAUGUACAGCUGCUGUUGAUUCACUGUGGAGGUUCUACGAGAUCUGUCUUGACCGUAGCAAAUAAACUUUCCUUCAAAUGUAGAAUGUAAACAGGUAGCUGUAGGCUACAGACGGUGUAUCCCCCUUUCCCCUAGAGUUCUUUGGCAAUACAUCUUCUGAACUGCUUUUUAUUGUGGUGAUUUACAGUGGGGAGAAGUCAGCUGUGACCACCCCAGUCGUAGCUUCGGCAGAACCCAACGCUGUCGCCCUCCAGCCCAGUCCACAACCGGCGCCUCCUCACCGCCCGAAACAUGAGAAUGAGCUCAGUAGACCUACCCGACGAGAACGAGAAGUCCCUCAGUUCAGCCAGCACCUCACCCUGCCCUUCACCCGUAAGUAAAAAGCCCCAUCGCCUCCUGCCCACCAACCUGUAUGUCGUCCUCUACAACUUCACCUCCAGACAUCCAGACGAGCUCGACCUCAGGGCCGGCUACAAGGUCACCGUGACGGACACGUCCGACCCCGACUGGUGGCAGGGAAAGUGUCUGGGCAGGACCGGCUACUUCCCUUCCAAGUACGUCACCCGACUCAACGGGGGUGAGAAGCCUCUCCAGGUCACCCACAACCUGCAGGUCACCGACGGUGAUAAUGGCAUCAAACUCCUCAGAGAUCAGAUCGUCAUUCAGAUCGGGGAGGAGGUGGAGGGUAUGGUGAUGAUCCGCAACGGUGACAACCAGCAGGGGGUGUGUCCGCUCAAGUACCUGCAGGAGGCCUGAGCCUCGUACUCGCGCUGGCCGGCCAAACCACUUCCACAUCAAUUCCUGUUUCUCGUUAAGUCAAUGACUCUUCAGUGAGACAAAU